CUGCAAUCGCCCUGCAAUCGUCCUGCAAUCGCCCUGCAAUCGUCCUGCAAUCGCCCUGCAAUCGUCCUGCAAUCGCCCUGCAAUCGUCCUGCAAUCGCCCUGCAAUCGUCCUGCAAUCGCCCUGCAAUCGUCCUGCAAUCGUCCUGCGAUCGUCCUGCGACUGCCUCUAUUCAAUCCCAGAAACGACAGCAUCGACAGUGUCGACAAUGACUCCCACAGGGCGAUUCCACCGAGAUCUUUUGCUUCUUGCGGGAGGAUGUGCACUGGGGCUGGCUGCGGCCGUGCUGGCGCAGCGAUGCAGUUUGCUCGGUCUCGCUUAUCCAAGCGACAAGCCAGCGAGCCACAGUCGCACCGUCAAAGAUGGGCGAGAUGGCGACGAUAGCACUGACGAUGGCACUGACGACGAUGACGAUGGCGAUGACGAUGACGAUGGCGAUGAGGGCGAGUAUGGUGGCCUGAGCAGCGCCGACCUUGACACCCUGGCCCGGGGCGCCGAAGGAUACAACUACAACGAGGAAUUCAAAAUGGUUUUGGUGGUCCGCACCGACCUCGGCAUGACCAAGGGCAAGAUGGUUGCUCAGUGCUGUCAUGCCGCUGUGCUUAGCGUCGAUGUCCUGCGGCAUGUCUACAAGCGGGCGCUCCGUCACUGGGAAGAGACUGGAUGCGCCAAGGUCGCUUUGAAGGGAAGCUCACAGGAAGAACUCCUGCAGCUCCAACAGCGUGCCCGUGCCGAGGGCCUCGUUGCCGAAACCAUCGAAGACGCCGGCCGGACUCAGAUUGCUGCCGGAUCAAUGACGGUCCUUGCCGUCGGCCCAGGUACACCGCAAAUUCGAUCAGCCUGCCUCGCUUGCCCACCACCUUUCCUCAGCCAGUUCGUGGCAGUGCUUUUGGGAUCGUGUUUCUCAAGAAAUGCAUCGCCAUAACACCGAGUCCGGAAUCCUCCAUGCACAGCUCC